AUUCUCCUGUCUUGGCUGUAGAUUAACCUUUCAAAUAUGUAAGACUGCAUAGUAUUAUUGAUAACGGGUGGACUUAAAUCAAUGAAGGAGAUAUGAGGGUAAUGUGGUGCACGGAUUACAGGAGGGGGAAUUUCUAAGUUUUCAUUGCAUCAGUUUCCACCAUAUUCCUCCUUGGGCCGCUAGUUUUUGUCGCAGCGUCUGGCAGUCCGGCCAUUGCCACUGCAAGGGUUGAAGAAUGCUGACGGACAGACUGCAUCUGUUUCCUUUGUUCAUUGUCAUUUAUGUGCCAGUGUCCUUCUGUAUCACGUACAUCAUUGCGGUAGCCAAUAAACACGUAGAACCGGGAUUCCCAUACAUCAGUGACACGGGUACUUUGCCUCCAGAGAGCUGUGUGUUCGGUCAGUUACUAAACAUAGGAGCAGUUGUCGGUAAACUACUAAUAGAUCUAUAUAUAGUCAUUUACCAAGUCCAAUCAGUCAAUGAGAACCACGUGGUAUUUUGA